GAGACUGUUAAAAUAAAACUGUGACUGUACGCAGUGAGCAAACUGUACUCUGAAUGAAUUAACACAGAUAUUGACAUGCAGGUUUUUUAUCUUCUUUUCAGGAUGUUAAUGAGGAUUAGAAACUCGUUAGAGAUUCUGCUCACAUGCUUUAUUGAUGUAAAUGACCAGCAGUUAGUGAUUUUCUCCUGGUAGAAUAUAACAAAGUAAGUUUACUAAGAUACUGUAUUCACGUCAAAUUUUGAGCUGCUUACUUAACUUCAUGCACUUAUCCGAUUGCAAAGUAUAAUUUGAUGUUUGAGGUCAUCCACUGCAGGCGAUAUACACGGCAAGAGAGGAUUUUUUCUUGCAAAUGUAUAACUUUAUAAUCUUAGAGAAUAUGUGGCGUAUUUGUGAGUUUUUUUCUCUUCAAUUAACCAUUUAAAUCUCAAGUCAAGUUUUUCAUUGUAAAUUUGUGAUUUUUUUAUUGUAAAUUUAUUUAAAAAAUAAAUUAAAAAAAAGGUACAUUUUGUGAGUUAUUUUAUUGUUAUCUCAGAGAAAAUCCAUUUUUCUUGUAAUUUUUUUUUCUUUUCUUGUAGAUUUGUGAGGUUUUUUAUUGUAGAUUUGUGAGUUUUUUUUUAUUAUAGAUUUGUGAGUUUUUUAUUGUAAAUUUGCGAAUUUCUUCUCAGAAUAUUACUGUUGUUGUAGUGGAGUAAUUCCACAGUGUAGUAUAAGUACUUUUACUGCAGUAAAUUAUCUGAAUACUACACAACAUCCACAUUUUUGCGCUUCAUUUGUGAAUCUUGGUCUAAUCAGGAGCAGCUGACUGACUCUCAGUGAUCGCAGACAAGCAGCAGCUGGGUUGACUCUUCGUCUCUCACACUGAAGCAGAAACUGUCCAAAGUGUGGCUGAAAUCCAUGAAUAUUACUACCAGCUAUGAACGGAGCAGUAAUUGUGUUAAUUAAAUCAUUACAGUCUGUCAUCACACCAGUUCAGAGGAAUGUCGACCAACACGAGAAGAAAUGGACGAUUACUUUGAUGUUGGACCCUCAAGAUUAAACUGUUGGACUUCAGACUGCUCUGAAGAGCCUCAAACUGUGACGACGGGACGUUAAUGUGACACCAGAGAGGACGGAGGGACGAAGAGGACGUCAGCGUCCCUACGACCUUCACAUGGACAGAAAGUGGGUCUCUGCAGCAGCCGCUCGGCUCACUCACCUUGUGUGAUCUGUGUCCUGGCACCGUCGAGGUGAUGUCCGGUGGAAAUCUCUCCGAUCACGAUCAGCAUGCGGUAGUUUCUGCGGUGGGACGCGGCUCCGGCGCCGUGCUGCUGUCCAUGUUGCUGAACACACUCCUGCGGCUCCGCAGAGGCAGCCGCUGCGAUGGGGAUCUCCAUGGUAACAGUGCCACCAGUGGACGCUGAGCCCUCUUCCAUCUCCAUGACAACUGCAUCCGGAGCAGGAACCAUGACGGUGCAGGAUGAGCGGGGAGGACCGGAGGGCGGGGCUCUGAGGACGGCGAUCGUCUGAUUGGACGGAAGGAAAGAUGUGUGUGAGCAGCAGUGAGUCAGCACUCUCAGACCCUCACACACUCCAGAGUGUCUGCUGCCCUCUGCUGGCGGCUGACGGAACUGCAGGGGGCAGAUUUAUUAUUAAUAAAUCUAACACCAGCCCGCCGCCUCCUCCCGUCCUCGGCCUGACCUCAUGGAUCCCGGCGGAAGUGAACUGGACUCCAGCCUGCCUCAGCCCGAGACCCCGUGUCUGAUCGUGGAGGACUCGCAGCCGGACAGCGUCGCUCUGGAGGACGACCCGGAGAGCAGCUACCGAGCUCUGCUGGCCCGGCGCCUGUCCAGCCUGCAGCCCACCGCCCGCAGCCCUGUCCUGAUGGAGACAUCAGUCCAGCCAUCACUCCAUCCAUCCAGCCAGCCGUCCACUAUUCAGGGUCUCUUGGUGAGAUCGGACGAGAGGCGGAGAGGCAGGGAGCUGAUCUCGUCUCCGUUGGGAAGCAGAUACUCUCAGACUGACAGCCAAUCAGAAAGCUCCCAGAAUAACAACCAGGCAGAACCCGACGUUGUCAUGGCGGCCAACCCCAGCUCUGCCUUCCAGGAGGAAAGUCAGGUCCUGAGCAUUUGUCCUCCUCCGAACAAGAACAAGUGUGAAACGGAGGAUGUGGAUUCUGGAGCUGAUUCCACCACACACUGCAUCCAGUCUGAAGAGGGAACCUCUCAGUUUGGCUUUCUGGAGCUUUCUCAGAGUCAGGAUCUGCGUGCUGAAGUGGGGAACAGUCGAGUGGAAGAAGACAGCAGCGUACCGCAGCCCGACAGCGACAGACGCACCAAAUUAGCGGAGCAGAACAUCAGCUCCAGGACUUCAGAGAGUCAGGACAACAAAGCUGUGAGAUCUGAGGUGAGCUCCAGCAGCUCGCUGGAGUCUCCUGGUCAGUCGGGGAGGAAGCUCAGCAUCCAGGCUCUGCUGCACUCACAGGGCCUGCAGGCCUCCGGAGACCAGGACCAGCAGGACUGUGAGAUCCUGUCCUCUCAGGAGGACAUGUUCGAUGCCGACAAGACUGGUGCUGCAGUGGACAGCACCGUGUCUGAGCCGGAUCAGCAGGGUCGCCCCACCCCGACGCCGGCCAGCAGCCUGAGACUGCUGCACCUGUCAGGACAGGGAACACUGGUGCAGGAGAGUCUGUCCCAGAGCUCUGUUGAAUUUGUGGCCCCAACCCCGGACAACUUCUCCACCCCUCUGAUCAUUCCCAGCUCGCCAACCGGACCAGAGAACGAACACGGGGCUGAUGAGCCGAUGGACACUUCACUUCCCCCCGAAGAGCGAGCCGUAGAGAAAGAUGAGCCGAUGGAGACAGAGGCAGCCUCCAAGCCACACCCCUCCGCCUCCACCCCCGUCUCCCAGAAUUCACCUGGUUUUGUGUUGGAGCGAACUCUCUCUAUACCGUCCCAGCCCGAGUUCUCUCAUGACGUGUUUGUCCCGACGCAGAGCCAGGAGACUCCGCAGCAGUCGGACAAGAAGACGGCACCGCUGCCUCCAGAGACUCAGUCUCAACAUCUGGAUCCAGCUGCUUUCAGUUUGCCCCUGCAGCUCUCCGUCAACACGCAGGACAACAGCUCGGCCCUGAAGGUGUCUGAACACCUGGAGGAGGACAGUCAGGCCACACAGAUCGAGGAGCCGGAGGAGCCGCCCGACUCCGUCAGCUCACAGCAGAGGAGCGAGAGCAACGGUGUCCCUGCAGAGCCGCAGACCGCCACCAGUUCCAAAGCUUCCACCUCGGCUGAAUCACAGAAGCCUUGCGACGGCGAAUGUGCCAAGAACGAGCCGUGCAACCUGUCGCAGACGUCCGACGUGCACAAAAAGACGGCAGCUGCAUUGAAUGUACAGAACGUGAAUGUAAAAGACGGUCAGAGUGCGAGCUCUGCAGACGUCGUGUCCUGCUCGCAACCAAAGUCUGACCUGACUGUGAACAGCUGCGUGCAGGAGACGCCACCGGACACAAGUUUGCCCUCGCAGUCCGUCAUCUCUCAGACAGCUUCUGCAGAUGUGGUGAAGAGUUCUGCAGACUCCAAGAAGGACGGAGCGAAGAGUCCACCCGGUAAACCUUUAUCGCAGAGGAGUGGGGCGGUCGGAAACAGUCAGGCAGUCAUAGAGGUGAUGGAGGGUGGAGCAGAAGAGGAGGAGGUGAUGGAGGAGGAGAACACAGUGGGUGCCGAGGCCUCAGGAGCCGCUCUGGUCCUCUCUCAGAGCCAGGUGUUGUCUCCGGAGCCCAUGGAGGAGGAGGACAGCGUCAUUAUCGUCACGGACAGCGAGAGAGACUCCCAGCUCCUUCAGAAAGACGGGACGCCGCAGCAGUCAAAGAACAGCAGCUCCCAGCCGCUCAGAGGCAAAGUGUCCGUCUCCACCAACGGCCACGAGGCUCAGGCCAAGAAGGCAAACACGCCUCCUGAUAGGCUCUCCCAGACUGAGAGGGCGGGGCCUGAACCAGAGGGGCUCAAAGACAAGAGUCUGAGUGACAGCUCGGGAGAAAUCUCCUUCCACUUCACACUUCCUAAAGAAGGAGAGCUGAUUGGUCCUGUCGUCGGAGCCACGCCCCCUCUGAUCAGCCAGCUGAAGCAGACGCUGAGACACAGCACGCCCAUCGAGAUCUCUUCCUUUUCCGACAAGUCUGGCGUGGUAGGAGAUGUGUCUGCAGACGGGGCGAUGGCAGCCAGCGACAUCGUCUCGGGGGAGAGCGGGGACGACUCGACGGAGAGAGGUGACGGGAAGCUGAGCCUGAGGAUGAAGCUGGUGACUCCGGUGGAGGAGGGCAGCUCGGAGCGCUUCAGCCUGCAGAAGCCCGCACUGUCGGAUGAGGAUGGAUCUGUUGUCAAGGUUACCACUGUUGCCAAGGCUGUAACCAGCAGCCCGUCGGUGUUCAGUCGUGUCCGGCAGGUGCACAGGCAGCAGGAGGCGAGGGAGGACAGCCAGGCUGCAGCCAACAACACACCUGUCAGAGCGGAGCUGUUCGCCUCGCCUCAGAGGAGCUCGCAGACGUCCUCUCUGGGAUGCAACAGCCUUCCAAACAGCCAAUCAGAGCCAGCGCCGCAGGAGUCCCCCGGCAAAGAUCCUCCAGGACCGCCUCCAGCUCCACGACCUCCGACCCCGAACAGGACGGACGGCAGACAGAAAGCUCCUCCGCAGACCGCCGACAACACGGUGACGUCCAGUCCGUCCAACAAGCUCCGGCAGCGGACUGUCUCCCAGCAGACGAGCUUCGACGGCCCGGGGCUGCGCUCGCCGGCCGCCAGGGGUGAACCAGAGUCUCCGUCCUUCAGAAGAGCCGCGGCGCCCGCACACCGCAGACACGUGCGCACCAUCCAGGAGGUCCGCACCACCAUCACACGGAUCAUCACAGACGUUUACUACGAGGACGGGAAAGAGGUCGACCGCAAAGUCACAGAGGAGAACGAGGAGCCUGUGGUGGACUGUCAAGUGUUGGACGGAGACAUCUCUCCGUGCCGCACCGGCAGCAGCUCGGUGACCUCCGGUGACCUCGCCGACAUCAGCUCUCUGUCCUCCAAGACGUCCAGCCUGCAGCACAGCUCCGGAGGAACCAGCAGCAGCGGCUUCACCAGGCCAGACUUCCUGAUGCCGCCCAGCCGAGGGACCGCUUCCUCCAGAGGAGGUGUGGCCUCCCUGCUGAGGCUCGGCCCUCACGGCCAGCCGCACUCCUCCUCGGAGGAGGAGCCGUACACCCGCAUGCUCCCGCCGCGCCUCCCCGUCAGCCCCACGGACCCCGAGCUGCCCAGCCACUCCGACUCCCUCAGGUCGUCCCCGGAGGAGGCGAGCUCGGCCGGGAGCAGCUUCGUCGGCCUGCGCGUGGUCGCCAAGUGGUCGUCCAAUGGCUACUUCUACUCGGGCCGCAUCAUCAAAGACGGCGGGGAGAGCCGGUUCCGCCUGCGGUUCGAUGACGGGUACGAGUGCGAGGUGGCGGGGAAGGACAUCCUGCUGUGUGACCCCAUCCCCCUGGAGACGGAGGUCACCGCUCUGCUGGAGGACGAGUACUUCAGUAUCGGUGUGGUGCGGGGCCAUAAAACAGAGGGCCAGGAUCUGUUCUACAGCGUGGAGAGGGACGGCCAGCGGCAGUGGUACAACCGGACCGCCGUCAUCCUGUCUCUGGAGCAGGGAAACAAGCUGAGGGAGCAGCACAGCCUGGGGCCCUAUGAGCCCUCCACGCCCCUGGCCAAGGCCUCCGACAUCAGCCUCGAUAACCUGGUGGAGGGGAAGAGGAGGCGCAGAGCAGAACAGAACACUCCCAACCGCAGCUCCUCCAGCAGCCCGCGGUCCCCCGGACCCUCAGGCAAAAGGAAGCUGAUGACCUUUGAGGACGGACGGACGCCGGCCAAGAGAGGCCGCAGGGGAGCGGCCGCCAGAGCCGCUCAGCGGAUCGGGCUGUGUAACACCUCCGGCAGCGGCACGGAUCAGCCCGGUCAGUCUGGUGACGUGGAGGAGACUCACGGCCCGCUGCCCCAGAACACGACUCUCUUUAUGGGCUUCGCCUUCAUGCUGACCGCCUCGUCCGAGAUCGACCGGCUGACCAACAAGCACGCCAUCGACGACGAGGACGGUGAGGCCGACGAUUACGUGCAGACGGGUCCAUAUAACAAAGCUUACACAGAGUCGCAGCUGCAGGCAGGCGGAGGAUUCGUCCUGCCCGACUUCAAUGAAGAACAGUGUAAGGCAGCUUACCAGAGCCUGCUCAUCGCAGACCAGCACUGUCGCACGAGGAAGUACCUGCUGUGUUUGGCGAGCGGCGUGCCAUGUGUGUCGCACCUCUGGGUACGAGACUGCUGCAAAGACAACAAGCUGCUCAACUACAGGAACUACCUGCUGCCCGCCGGCCUGGGGCCCGACGAGGCCAUCGUAGAGUGGCAUCCACGCUGCACCCCGUUCAAGUCUCUGCGGGUCCUCCUUGUGUUUGAGAAGCCGGUGGAGCUCUGGGCGCAGCUGAUCACGAUGGGCGGAGGUUCUUCAGUCCGACAGUUCCAGGCAGACAAAGAUGGCUCAGACAUUCCUGCUGGCAAGUAUGACGUGGUGGUGACAGACCAUGCCUGUCCGCCAUUGGUAGAGAAGAACGUGACAUCACAGGAAGUCCCGCUGGUGUCUCCGGAGUGGCUCAUCCACAGUGUGAUCCGCGGGGAGCGUCUGGGUUUCCACAGCAAGCCUCAGUACCGCCACGACUACUCCUCGUCCUCCUCAUAAUCGACUCCGCGUGUUCGAAAUGCCUUCGACCAUGUUAAAUGUUCCGCGUUAGUUCUGUUGCAUGCUCUGCUGUAUAUACCUUUAUCCUGUCUGUUUUUAUGGGAUAAUAAAUUGUGACCCUUGUUUCAUUUUAA